AUGGCCACUCUGGAGUCGGCGCUCACCUCCCACGGCAUCGUCAAGGUGAUGCACGACUGCCGGGAGGACGCCUCCGCUCUCUUCUCGCAGUGCGGCUUCGAGCCGACGCGCGUGUUCGACACGCAGGUGGCCCACACGAUGCUGCGCGAGCAGCAGGCGGAGAGGCCCUUCCAGAUCUCGCUCAACGAGCUCCUGAAGAGCCGGCUGCGGCUCGAGAACGAGCAGCAGCUCCCGCUGGGGCACCGCAUGGCGGACGACCCCAACGUGUGGUUCUACCGCCCCAUGCACGAGGACCUGAUCACCUACGCCGCCCAGGACGUGAUGUACCUGCCGCUGCUGCACCGGCUGCUCUGCGACCAGCUGGGCGACCCGAGCGGCGGCAGCGUGCUGGCCCGGAGCGAGCGGUACACCGACUACGCGCGCAUGAACCUGCACCUGGGGUCCCCGAAGGCCGUCGAGAAGCGGGGGCUGCGCCUGCAGGCCAUGCUGGCCACCAGGACCGACGCGGCGCUGUACUUCAAGCUGAACUUGGGCUCCCACCGGCAGGGCGCGGCGAGCCGUCCCGAGGCCGUCUCGCGCUUCCGCGACAUGCAGUUCGGGGACGUGGCGGACUGCUGGGUCUCCGCCUGGAACAUGACCGGCAACAUCAUAUCCUGGGG